GGCUGCUGCUGGAAGCGGCACUGCAGUGACUGUAUCUGCCUCUUUGCAGGCGAGCCCGCGCAUACGGGGCAAUAUUUGCCUGCCUCGAAGAAAAUACAGAUUGUUGCCGUUUUCUUGCUCUGAAUGCGAGGUGGGAGCAUGGGGAAAAGCGGACUUUAAAGGGGAUUGAAACCGCUUGGCGGUCAGUAGCGCCCUGUCCCCUCUGGCCUAAAGGGGGAACGGAAAUAUGAGGAUUUUAUGAGGGCGGGGAGCCGGGGUGCGGAGGAAAUACUGCCCGGGAGUUGCCGGAGGGAACGCAGGACCGAUCCGCGGUUGCCCCUCGUUUGGCUCCGUCUUUUUCGGCUUCCCCUUUCGCUUUACUCCGGUAUCUCUGCUACUCGUCCUGCCUUAAACUAUCGCGAAAGGGAGGGAAGAGCGGAAGCAUGUCCAACCCGGAGAAGCGGAUCUUAUCCCGCCCCUCGGCCCCCCUGGCUGCAGCACCCGGGGAAAAGCCCGGCUCCGGCAGCCGCCCGCUCCACUCCCAUGGCCAGAGCGGUGGAGGUGGAGGCAGCGGCGGGUCUCCUCCUCCUCCCCCCGCUCCUGGAGGCGACUCGCCUGCCUGCAGCUCCCUCUCUCUCCUCCUAACAACCACCAGCAGCAGCAGGAGCCGCGCUACAGGCACAGCCUCCUCCGCCGUCUCCGCCAGCAUCGUCUCUAGAGUGGCAGCGGCUCCUUUCCUUGUUCCAAUCUCCUCCUUCUCCUCCGCUUCUCCAUCUUCUUUUUAUUUCUUGCCGCCGCCUCCUCGUUUCCCCUCCUCAUUUUCCUUUAACCUCACAAGUCUCCAAGGGAGGGAAGGAGGAGGAGAGGCAGCGAGAGCGGCAGGAGGAGGAGGUGGAGGAGGAGGAGGAAGAGAUGUUGGCGGAGCAGCAGCAGCAGCAGCUCACUUGAUCGCCCAUCCAGGCGGCAGCGGCAGGAGGAGACUCUUCUGUUCUUCCUCCAUCCAGGGCUUGCUGCUCCGUUCCGCAGCCGGCGGCCCCCGGCAGCACCACUCCCGGCUCCUCCUCUCCCCAGCCGCCUCUCGCCCGUGGUCCUGCAAUUCCCUCGGUGCUGCAGCAGCAGCAGCCCGCGGCGACGGGAUCCGAGGAGGCGACGGCCCCGGCGGGAGCAGGACUCCUAGGCGGCAGCAGCGGCAGAGAGGCGCCUUCUUCUCCUUCUCGUCUCCCCUGCUCCCAGGGCCAGACAUGGAAGAUGGAUCUAAUUCUGCAAGCUGCUUUAGGAGGUUUACGGACUGUUUCUUGAAUACAAGCUUAACAGAUGAAAAAGUGAAGGCAUAUCUUUCUCUUCACCCCCAGGUACUGGAUGAGUUUGUGUCAGAAAGUGUAAGUGCAGAAACUGUGGAAAAAUGGCUAAAAAGGAAAAAUAACAGACAAGAAGAUGAAACGGCUCCUAAAGAAGUCAGCAGGUACCAGGAUACGAAUAUGCAAGGCGUAGUGUACGAAUUAAACAGCUACAUAGAGCAGCGCCUGGAUACAGGAGGAGACAACCAACUGCUUCUGUAUGAGCUGAGCAGCAUCAUUAAAAUAGCUACAAAAGCUGAUGGAUUUGCACUGUAUUUCCUGGGAGAAUGCAAUAAUAGUCUGUGUGUAUUUACGCCACCAGGAGCUAAAGAAGGACACCCACGACUCAUUCCUGCAGGGCCCAUUGCACAUGGCACUACAGUAUCUGCUUAUGUAGCCAGAUCCAGAAAAACGUUGUUAGUAGAAGAUAUUCUGGGGGAUGAGCGAUUUCCCAAAGGUACUGGACUGGAGUCGGGGACCCGUAUCCAGUCUGUUCUGUGUUUGCCAAUUGUCACAGCAAUUGGUGACCUGAUUGGUAUCCUGGAGCUUUACCGUCACUGGGGCAAAGAAGCCUUCCACCACAGUCACCAAGAGGUUGCAACAGCAAAUCUUGCAUGGGCUUCAGUAGCAAUACAUCAAGUACAAGUGUGCCGGGGCCUUGCCAAGCAGACUGAGCUGAAUGACUUCUUGCUUGAUGUAUCGAAAACAUAUUUUGAUAAUAUAGUUGCAAUAGAUUCUCUACUUGAACAUAUAAUGAUAUAUGCAAAAAACCUGGUGAAUGCAGAUAGGUGUGCACUCUUCCAGGUUGACCACAAAAAUAAGGAGCUGUAUUCAGACCUUUUUGAUAUUGGAGAAGAAAAUGAUGGAAAACCUGUCUUCAAGAAGACCAAAGAAAUAAGAUUUUCUAUAGAAAAAGGAAUAGCUGGUCAAGUGGCAAGAACAGGAGAAGUCCUUAACAUCCCUGAUGCCUAUGCAGACCCUCGCUUUAACAGAGAAGUAGACCUCUACACAGGCUACACAACCAGAAACAUCCUGUGCAUGCCUAUUGUGAGCCGAGGAAGUGUAAUAGGUGUUGUGCAGAUGGUGAACAAAAUAAGUGGAAGUGCCUUCUCUAAAACUGAUGAGAACAACUUUAAAAUGUUUGCAGUCUUUUGUGCUUUAGCCUUACACUGUGCUAAUAUGUACCACAGAAUUCGUCAUUCCGAGUGUAUUUACCGUGUAACAAUGGAGAAACUAUCCUACCAUAGUGUUUGUACAGCAGAAGAGUGGCAAAACCUCAUGCACUGUACACUGCCUCCACAUAUUUAUAAAGAAAUUGAGCUGUACCAUUUUGAUAUCAGUCCAUAUGAAGAUGUUUGGCCUGCCAUUUUUGUCUACAUGGUUCACCAGUCCUGUGGGACAGCCUGCUUUGAACUUGAGAAGCUGUGCCGAUUUACUAUGUCUGUAAAGAAGAAUUAUCGCCGCGUGCCCUACCACAACUGGAAGCAUGCAGUUACCGUCGCACAUUGCAUGUAUGCCAUACUGCAGAACAACCAGGGGCUUUUCACUGAUCUGGAGCGAAAGGGUCUUUUAGUUGCAUGCCUGUGUCAUGACCUGGAUCACAGAGGUUACAGCAACAGCUAUCUUCAGAAAUUUGAUCACCCCUUAGCUGCUCUCUAUUCCACAUCAACGAUGGAACAGCACCACUUCUCACAGACUGUGUCCAUCCUGCAGCUGGAAGGGCACAAUGUCUUCUCCAAUCUGAGCUCCAGCGAAUAUGAGCAAGUACUUGAGAUCAUCAGGAAAGCCAUCAUCGCCACAGACCUUGCCCUGUAUUUUGGAAACAGAAAACAACUCGAAGAGCUGCAUCAGACAGGAGCAUUAAACCUUAAGAACCAAACACACAGAGAUAGAGUGAUUGGCCUGAUGAUGACAGCUUGUGAUCUGUGCUCUGUAACAAAGUUGUGGCCAGUUACCAGACUGACAGCCAACGAUAUAUAUGCGGAGUUCUGGGCUGAGGGUGAUGAAAUGAAGAAAACAGGCAUUCAACCUAUUCCUAUGAUGGACAGAGAUAAGAAAGAUGAAGUCCCUCAGGGUCAGAUUGGGUUCUACAAUGCUGUAGCCAUCCCAUGUUACACCACCCUUGCACAGAUCUUUCCUCCUACUGGGCCACUACUCCGAGCAUGCAGGGACAAUCUCAAUCAAUGGGAAAAGGUAACAAGAGGUGAGGAAGCCUCUAUAUGGAUUUCUUCUCAAUCCCUUGCUCCUGGGACCUCAGAUUCUCUUCCUGUGAAGAUCGAUGACUGAACAGCAGCAACAGAUUGCUUUAGCCUGAAAAGCACCCCUUCUUGUUUUGGGGAUUGUUUUUUGUUUUGUUCCAUUUUUAUUUCGAAAAUUAAAAAAAAAAAAAAAAAAAGGAAGAAGGAAAGCUACAAAAUGCUAAGAAGCAGACCUGCCUAGGAGGGUAACACCAUGGAGUUACCUCAGCUAAAUGACUCUGGCAGCCAAUCUCCUGACCUACACCAGUGACACAACGUGAACAGAGGGAAAAUGACAACCCAGAUGUUUUGGAGUCAGCUAUCAAAAGAGAACUUACAACUUGUGAAUAUAAAAGACUGGCCUUAUCUCAUGGGCUACAUUGCUGAGGCCUUAAUUUAAAACUGAAGGGGGUGGGGGGGGAAUCUUAAGGGGUACUUCUAAAUUGUAUCUUUCUAGUAAGGGUUUCAAUGGUACUUUUACUAUACCGUACUGUGGCUGGCUUUAACACCAGUGUCACUUGGGAGUUCUUGGCUAUAAAUAGAACAAUAUACCCGUUGCUAUUGUGAAUGUUUAUGUGUGAUCUACUUGUAAUCAGUUUGAACUCCAGCAGAAUCCUUGGAGACUAUCAUUUAUGCUUAGGUUACAGUGAAUUCUCUUGCUGCAAACUAAAGGAAAACCAACAUUCAGGUUAAAGUUUUAAAGUACUUCAUUAAGCUUCAUGAUGCCAAUUGUCUGUCACUCACAAGGGAAAUGCUGAUAGAACUAGUGAUGGUGCUUUGUUCUUCAGGAUGUUUUUUAAACCUAGACAACUCCUCCCUUAAAACACUGGAAGUACUGGUUAAUUAUCUCCGAUGUGAGAGGGAGUUUCAGGUUGGAGUUUUUGUAUCCAUAGUGACAGAAAUAUUGGAUUAAAAUUUAAAUGUGACAGCAAAGAUUUCCUUGCCUAGCUCACAAUUAAGUAAUCAUUUUUAUUUUUACCUACAGAGCUGUAUUUUAAAAGGUAUUGGAGGCAUAUAUGAAGUAUGCUAUCUGCUGGGAACAAAAGCCUUGUCAGAAAAGUCAGGUCUGAUAAGAGGGAUUGUGGUACCAUCACAAUAAAUCAAAAAUGUGUUUGUAUUGACUAGCUUUUGUGUUGCACAGUAACACUGCAUGUCUUCUACUGCUUUUUCCCCCCCAUCCCAAGAUGAGUGAAAUUAGGAAACUUCUCCAUUUGUCUGUUUGUUUUUUCCCCUAGUUAGUGAAAUUUCCAGGUUUAGAAAAGCCUUUCUUAGUGAAAGAAUAGCUGACUGAAGAAAAGUACACUAAACAGUGUGUUUACAGUUCUGUGCUGACUUAGGCCUCAGCCUUACAAACUUAUGCACAGAAUUAUACGUAAUACCACUAUUUUAAAUUCAGUGCAAUUGUACAGAAUAUGUUUCACAACACUUAAUUUGCCUUUGUCUUUCUCUUAAAAAUAAUGAGAAAAAGAAAUCUUCAUAGUGAUCCACACAGUAGGUGAAAACACAGUCUUUGCAUACCUUUCACAUACAGCCUAUAUUGCAUUAUGUGCUUUUUCACAGAUAAUGCACCCUUGUGGAGGUUCCGUGAUAACAUGGCCAUUGUGUAACCGCAGUGAGUAAUGGUAGUGACCUAAAGACACAACACAGGUUCUCUUUUUCCACCUCCUGUCUUUUGGGCUCUAUUGCUCUAACAGGCAUGCCAGCUUUUGGGUUUCAUGUGAACAACUUGGCCUCUUGAGUUUUGCCUUCUGUUAUGGUCGAGCACAUGCCAGUAUCUGUUUAUGUGUACAGCACGUGAUCCGUAUCACAUAAUGUAUAAAUGCACCUAAGCCUUUGCUGUAUAUAGAGAUCCCACAAGCUGAGAAUUCAAUAUGAAGUUAUCUUAUUUGUAUGAUGCAUGUUACCUAGCA